AUGAAGACGGGAACUGAUAGCUCACGACAGGCUGCUCGUCCCUCAUCAGUUUCGGCGUCUGCGUCUGCGUCUGCGUCUGCGUCUGCGGUUGCGUCUGCAUCUGCAUCGGCUGCUGCCAAUUACGUCCUGCCACCGGCUCAGGCUGCUGCGGCACAGGCACCACAGACUGCUCGGGCCGCCCAGGCUCAGGCCAAGGCUCGCCUCCAGUCCUUCUCGCGGCCUCGUCUCCAGGACCUCUUCUCCAUCGACAGCCCCGGCCCUGUCUACGAGGCUCCCGCCUUUGCCUACUCCUCCACAACCUCCCUGGCUCCAGCUCCAGCGCCAACGCCAGCGCCGCCUCUGUCAGCGUCCGCGCCCGCGCCCGCGCCUGCACCAUCCCCAACCCCCCGGUCCGUCCGCUCGCUGUCGUCCGCUGUGCCCCUGUCGACGGCCAAUACGACGGCCAAUACCAACGCCAAUACAAACGCCGCGUCUGCUCACUUCCUCCCCGUCCCUUCGUCAGCCUCGAACUCCCGUCCGAGGGCUUCCACCGCCAACGCCGCUCUCUCGCUCCCUCCACCGACGCUGACCUCGCCGUCGCGAUAUCCCAAGACGCCUGCCUCCGCCCCCGAUCCUGCUCAAUCGAUCCCUCGAGGCGGGUUGCCUCCCGCGCCGCCCAACAUGUUCCCGGCUAGCCAGAGACAUGUCUCGGCCAACGAUCCUUCGAGGCCUUUCCAGGUCCCUCCUCCCCCUCCUCCGAUGGGCGCGCCGAAUUCGAACCAGCAGAUGAACAGCAUGACCAACUUUCCUCCGCCGCCGCCGCCGCCGCCGCGAUAUGCUACCCAGGGCACGCAACCUCCCGGCGCCAUGCUUCCCCCACCACCCGGUCCGCCUCCGGGGGCCCUCGGCCAGCAUCCCCAGUGGCAUGGCACCUUUGGGCGCAUGUAUGACGGACGCCCGGGCUUCAACAUCCCACCGCCUCCGCCUGGCCAGCACCAACCGUACAACCCCAAGUUGCACGCCCAGAUCGCUACGGGCCAAACACUGGCCAUCCCUCCCCCGCCCCCGCCGAGUGAGCAGAUGAGUGCGACUUAUAUCCCCCAAGGCGACACGUAUGGAGAGGGCGUGGGUAUUCCCGCCUUUGGAGUCGAAGAUCCAACCCUGACCGCCAGCUCACAGGCGUCGUGGUCGAUGAUGACUCCCCAGAGUGGCACCGACACCAACACGACUACCCCGAUGGACGAUCCUAACUCGAGAGACCGGUUCUACCUCAGCAACACCGCCCAGGCCCGCGGGGUGUCUAAUUCGUCCAACGCGACUUCCGCCGGCUCGAUCCCCCCAGAAGUGUCUGCCCAGUGGCCCCUCGACACCGUCCUGAUUUGGCUGGCCAAGAAUCAGUUCUCCAAGGACUGGCAGGAGACGUUCAAGUCGCUGAACCUCCAUGGAGCGCAGUUCCUGGAACUUGGCAGCGGGCACGGCGGCCGUGGCAACUUUGGAAUGAUGCACCAGCAAGUAUAUCCCAAACUCGCCCAAGAAUGCACAAACAGCGGGACUGGCUGGGACCAACCGAGAGAGCGGGAGGAGGGAAAGCGCAUGCGACGUCUCAUCCGAAGCAUAGUGACCGGGCGGACAGCUGAAUCUGUAAAGAGUUCGAGCUCACACCAACGAAAAGAGUCGAUGAAUGGUGGACACGGGAACAACCUACCAAGUGCUGGAACUGAUCCCAUGGACUCGCCCAACACACCUCUGACCGCCCCUACACCUGGAUUUGACGGUCGACGCUUUUCCCAGACGAGAUCGACGACAAUGCCCACCUCACUCAAUAGUGCCGACUCGAAUCACCGAAACUUCCUUAAGCACGUUGACACUGAUGGGCCCCGGCGUCAUAGUCCUAAUGUGAGUGAGUCGGGCGAGGGUGCUACGUUUCGUAGUGCUGCAGCCCGCUCAGCGAGCCCCAACGGCAGUCCGGGUCUGCCACCAGCCUUGUUUCCUUCGUCCACUACCCCCGUUCUCUCCGCAUCUCCCAUGAAAACUGGACAUCGAUCCCGAAGCAGCAUGGACUCAGUAUCCUCAAGUGCCGCCAUCUACGGAUCCGGCAUACCCUCCGAUGCAGCAUUGAUGCUGAACCGAGGCAUGAAUCUUGGUGAACUUGUCCAUGGUGGCCGGAGCCAUGACGUACGCUCAAGAGGCUCUCCCCUGGAUUCUGGUGAAAAGUCAGCCGGGGGGGAGACUCCUGCAUCAGCCAAGGACUCGAAGAGCUUCCUCAGCUUCCUGUCGCGGAAGAAGAGACAGAAGGAUGACGGGGCGUAUCCCUCUCCUGAAGAGAUGGAUGGCUCCCCCACUUCGCCAGCGGACAGUUUGAGACCCGUCAUGGGGCUGGGAGUCAGGAGUGCUAAUGGCAGCGACCCGAGUCUGGACCGACCUGGUUCGAGCUUUGGCCCAGAUGACAGGAACGGCCACAUGAACAAUCGACCCAAAAGAUUGAACCCCGUGAGGACGUAUGUCCUCGCUACCAUGGAUUACUGGAACUUCAGAAUGUGCGAUAUUACGGAGGCCGAGACGGCAGCCGAGGUUCGCCAGACCGUCUGUCUGCAUCUGGGGCUGGGCGAUUAUGAGAAUUCUCUGGUCUACCUGACCGAAGUCGGCAUGUUUGACCAUGCUGACCCUCUAGACGACCAGAAGAUUCUCACAACUAAGCGAGUAAGGGGUGACUCGUUGGGGAGCCUCAAAUUUUUCGUCUCGCCGCCAGGUGUUCCUCCUGUUACCAGCCUCUCGGUGAAUACAAACAUCCCUGUGUCCUUGUCUCCUGGCUUCUUAGCCCCGGGUUCCUCCGCCGAGGACCCAAGGCACAACCUCCGACAACGAUCGAGCUCGUCGCCACCGACUUCUAGGUCCAACACGUUGACUGAUGACAAGAUUGAUGACAAGUCACUGCUGCAAGAGGGCAACACGUACCGAGCCGAGAUGGAGAGGAAGCAGCGCGAAUACCUUGCGAAGCGAAAGCAGGUAGCGAAAAGUAGCCCGUCUGAUACGGUCGGUCCAGGUAUCGUGGGUAGGAACGUUGAUUUUGAUCAGCCUCGAGAAUCACCCUACGAGGACAAGCGAUCGGAACAACUAUUCCCUCAGCGACGACCACCGGCACCGCCUAGCGAUCCCUCCGCGACCCUGAUUAAGGCUAACUCUUUGAGUAAGAAAUCGGGUCACACCUUGCGCACAUCUAACAGUAGCCUCGACGGGUAUCCUACACCUAGACACCCGACCACGUCAUCAGGAGAGGGUGAAAUGACAGAGAGGAACAGGAAGACGAAAUUCGGCCCUCAACAGCAGCAACAGCAACAGCAGCUAUCAAACAACCCCAGUGGCAUUGGAGCGGCCCUUGUAGGAAUGGGCAGGAACCUAAGUGCAAUUGGGCAAUCCACCGCCAACGGCCCCCGGGGAGCGCCGCCCAACAGCGUCAUGACGCAGCCGAUGUCUUCUAGCGACAGAGCAUCGCAGAGAGGUAAGGGAGCCAAGCCUAGCGUUGAUUUCACUCGGCCCAGCACCGGUCGCAGUAGUCCGAAAUUGAUGUCGGCAACAACCCGUACUCUGACCUGGAGUCGGGGCAAUCUGCCGUUCGUCGUGCCGGACUACUCGCCCGGCGGGACACCAUUAUUGCCUGGUGACAAGCCCGUAAAUGCAUUGGAAGCUAAGAGAUACGAAACAGCGCCGCGGCCCGCUUCGCCAACAGAAAUAAGCCCAAGCACCACCAGGACGAGGAGGUCAUUCCCUCCAAAGCAACCGCAGCGUAGAAAGUCGCAUGGCCCAGACCUCGACUACGAGGACACCGAGGAUGUGCACUUCUCAACGCCGGCGGCGCCACCGCCAGCUGCUAACGACGACAGCGGGGAUGAUUCUGAUGAUGGCCUGUUCGCGAUCCCGUUGGCAGGUCGAAAUAAGGGCAAAGCUACUGCCGGAAAUCCACAGGGUGGCCAGGAUAAGCGGCCGAGUUUGACGGUGAAUACUUCUCGAUCGAAGAAGAAUCUUUCUGUGUCCUUCAACUCGCCGCAGUCAUAUGGAAGUGCCAUCACGCCCAAUAGCAAUGACGACAUGAGCUCGCGAAGGCCUCCGUCAACCCCUCGUUCCGACACCCGGGACCCUGACGAGAAGGAUUACAAACUGGGCCGACGGAAGUCAUUCAUUGAGAAGGAUGUCUGGGCUAACCGCCCCCCAACCGAUGCCCUUAUCAACAACCUUGAUGACUUCUUCCCUAAUUUGGAUCUCGACCAGCCGGUUCUUGAGGAGGGUGUCGAGGGAGCAGAGUUGCCCCCUUCACCCAUCGCUGAGGGAGAUGAACCUUUGAGCCUAUCCAAGAUAGCAUCUGGACAAUCGCAGGUGCCUCCUCCGACUAAUCCACCGACGGCCCCCCUACCAGCGAUUCCACCGGCCCGACAGCCGUCCUUGUACAAUGAAAACGAUACGCUAGGCUCCGAUGAAUCGACUCUCAAGGCCUUGGAACGGCCUAGUUCAGUGGCCCAGAGGAGUUUGCGCCGUUCUGGUGGACUUGGACGCAUGAAGUCUAUUCGAGAAGUGGCUCGAGGUGCCCAUGAGGCCAACAGGCGAUUUGCUAGCACGUCGCAACCCGGAGCGCCGCCAUCCAGCAACAUUAUGCGCCGCAAGAGCACCAAGAUGUUCAACGCCAACAUUGUGCAGAUUCGGCCAGACCGGCGUGGCAGCAUGAUUAUGCCGCAGAUUCCUCAAGAUACCAUUCCAAAGCGGCAGACGACGUUCCGCUGGUUCAAGGGUCAGCUCAUCGGAAAGGGUACCUAUGGUCGCGUGUACCUGGGUAUGAAUGCGACGACCGGAGAGUUCUUGGCUGUCAAGGAAGUCGAGGUCAACCCCAAGGCCGCGGGCGGUGACAAGUCCAAGAUGAAGGAGUUGGUUGCGGGACUGGACCAGGAAAUUGACACGAUGCAGCACCUGGAUCACGUCAACAUUGUGCAGUAUCUCGGAUGCGAGCGCAAGGAGACUAGUAUCAGCAUCUUCCUCGAGUAUAUCUCUGGUGGCAGCAUUGGAUCGUGCCUCCGCAAACACGGAAAGUUUGAGGAGUCGAUCGUUUCGUCGCUGACCCGGCAGACGCUCUCUGGAUUGGCAUACUUGCACCGGGAGGGCAUUCUGCACCGUGAUCUCAAGGCAGACAACAUCCUCCUGGACGUGGAUGGAACGUGCAAGAUCAGUGACUUUGGUAUUUCGAAGAAAACGGACAACAUCUAUGGCAAUGACAAGACGAACAACAUGCAGGGUUCGGUGUUUUGGAUGGCCCCCGAGGUGAUUCGGUCUCAAGGAGAAGGAUAUAGCGCCAAGGUGGACAUUUGGAGUCUGGGCUGUGUGGUGCUGGAGAUGUUUGCGGGCAAGCGACCGUGGGCUAAGGAAGAGGCGGUAGGCGCCAUCUACAAGAUCGCCAACGGCGAGACGCCCCCGAUCCCCGAGGAUAUCCAGGGAACACUUGGGCCGCUGGCGGUGGCGUUUAUGAUGGAUUGCUUCCAAGUUAACCCCUUUGAUCGCCCAACGGCAGAUGUGCUCCUCUCUCAACAUCCAUUCUGCGAGCUCGAUCCCAACUUCAACUUUUACGACACGUCUCUGUACGCAAAGAUUAAGCCGAUGAAGAAGGAAGAAGGACGCAAGCCGCAGUAA